GUAGGCAUGGACAAGUUUCAUUAUAUUCCGAAACCGAAACCUUUCCCUCCUUUCUCUUUUUAUAUAUACAAAAACCAUUCUCCAAAAAAUCCCAGAAACCCCAAAACAUACAAAACUCGCUUCUGGGAUAUAGUACAACCCACACUAAACUAAGCAACCCCAAAACCCACUUCUCUCAGUCUCUUAGUCUCCCAGUUUCUCUCUCUCAAACAUUGAAGGAAGGUUGUUAAUGCAGAAAGGAACUCAUAUCUAACACGAUCUAAGCCUUUUGUAGACCUGUUGGUUGCUGAUGGAAACUGAAGGAGCCUCAUCUGUCACAGUUCGAAAGACUAGCUGUACACCUAAGGCUAUUAUACACCAAAAGUUUGGUACCCAUGCCUGCUAUAAACUUGAGGAAGUGCAUGAGUCUACUGAAAAUGGAUGUCCAGGAUUAGCCAUUGUGCAGAAAGGCCCUUGCCUUUACCGCUGUACCUUGCAGCUUCCAGAAAUUACUGUUGUAUCUGGAAUCUUUAAAAAGAAGAAGGAUGCUGAGCAAUCUGCUGCUGAAUUGGCCUUAGAAAAGCUGCGCAUCAAUCCCGCCACAAAAAGCUCCUCUCUUCCAGAAACAUGGGAUGGUUUAGUCUCUCGAGUCAAAUAUUUAUUUUCAGAAGAGUUCCUUUCAUCUCUUCAUCCGCUGAGUGGUCAUUUGAGAGCAGCUUUGCAAAGAGAAGGUCAUCUUGCUGGCUUGAUCCCUGCUUGUGCUAUAGCCGUCUUUGAUGCAACACUAAGUAAUCUGUGUAAAUCCAUUGAUCCUAAGGUGGAAGCAAAUCCCUUCUUGAUAAUAUCAUAUGUUAUGAUGGCUGCUGCUAAAUUAUCUGGAUUUAUUGCUAGUUCAGAGGGAGAGCUCUGGGUUAGGAGGCAAAAUCCAUACCCUCCAGAAAUUAUAGAGUUAUCAUCUAUCCAGCAAAAUCCAAACAAUUCUGAAAUUAUAGUCUCACCAUCUAACCAGCAAUCAGGCUCCCCUGAAAUCCUUAUGGUUGAAGCCAUAAAUAUACCGUGUUCACUAGAGAAGACUGUUGAAAGAGUAAUUCUUAAUCUAACAUCUUCUGGUUAUUUCCUGGAUGUUAUUGCAAAGCAACUUGGGUUGUUGGAAGCUGCUGACCUUAUGAUCUCAAGGCCUGUAGGUAAGGCUUCCUCUGAGACAAGGCUGCACUUUGCUGCUCCAAAGCAAUAUCUGUUGGAUAUUUCUUCAGAUCUUCUUCAUGCCAAAGAAGUUCGUAGUUUUGAAGGUUCUUUGAAUGCAAGAGCAAGUUACUUGUCUGGUCAAGAUAUCUAUGGUGAUGCUAUUUUGGCAACCAUUGGCUACACAUGGAGGUCCAAAGACCUUUUCUAUGAAGAUGUAUCUGUGAAAUCAUAUUACAGGAUGCUUAUUGGCAAGACACCAAGUGGACUUUACAGGCUGUCCAGAGGGGCAAUACUUGCAGCUGAGUUACCUUUGGCAUUUACUACAAAUGCAAAAUGGAAGGGUUCCUUACCAAGGGAGAUGCUCUGUACAUUCUGUCGUCAGCAUCGGCUUUCUCAGCCUAUCUUCUCUACUUUAAGCAGUCUAGAAGAAUCAUCUGACUCCUCACAAUCACACAAGAAGUUAAGGGCGACAGACUUGGUUGCGAAAGACACACAACAUGCAAAUGGUUGUGUUGUUACUGCCUGUUCAAAGGAAAAAGUGGAGUCCGGAGGUACCUUUAGAUGUGAAAUAAAAGUAUAUUCUAAGUUUCAGGAUUUGAUUUUAGAAUGCUCACCAAAAAAGUCUUUUAAGAAGCAGAGUGAUUCUAUCCAGAAUGCUUCUUUGAAAGUUCUCUUAUGGUUAGAUAUAUACUUUAGGGAUCCAAAUGUGCCUUUCGAGAGAUUAAAGGCUUCUGCUGAUGGACUUGACAUUAGAUUUGAACUGAAAUUUUUUGUUGAAGCAUUUAUGCUUUGUCAACCUCUUCAUAAUGUCGGUCAUAAUGAGAUUGAAGAAGGCAAAUUAGUAUAUCCCAACUCUGUGAAUGUGCCAAAUGCUCUGUCUGGACACGGACUUCGUUCUCUGAAUAUAGAAGGCCCUGAUUCUGGUAUUUCUCCAUCUAAUGGGUCCUUAUCAUGUGUGAGUUAUUCUGCAUCUCUAGUGACUGAAGAGCAUCUAAAAGAACAACUGGAAAGUAGUGAUGACUUUGAGUUUGAGAUAGCUUCUGGAGCAGUGAAUCCGCAUCUUGAAUCAGUUCUCAUUCAGAUGUCGGUCGGUCAGUCUGCUUGUUUCAUUGUGGAUUUACCCCCUCGAGAGUUGAUUUUUGCUGCAGCUGAUGAUUCUGCAAGGAUGCUUUCCUUAUUGUCUUCAAAAACCUGCUGCUUGGAGUACACCAUAAGGUUGUUGCGGGUAACAGAACCCUUGGAGGACAGAAUGGAGCAGGCCUUGUUCAGCCCUCCACUUUCAAAACAACGAGUGGAAUAUGCAGUGCAAAGCAUCAAAGAAUCUUGUGCUACUACUUUGGUUGACUUUGGAUGUGGCUCUGGUAGUUUGUUGGAUUCCUUAUUAAAUUAUCCAACUUCUCUGGAAAAAAUUGCUGGUGUUGAUCUUUCACAAAAGAGUCUUACCCGUGCGGCAAAGAUACUUAAUUCCAAAUUAAACUCGACUUCAGAUGCUGAUACCUCAUGUACACCCCUAAAAUCUGCAAUUCUUUAUGAUGGUUCGGUUACAGAUCAUGAUUCUCGAUUGUGUGGGUUUGAUAUAGGCACUUGCUUAGAGGUAAUCGAGCAUAUGGAGGAAGAUCAAGCAUAUCUCUUUGGCAAUGUGGCAUUGAGUUAUUUCCGUCCUAAAAUUCUCAUUGUCUCGACACCAAACUAUGAAUAUAAUGUCAUACUCCAGAAGUCUACUUUAUCAACCACAGAAGAUGAUGUUGAUGAAAGAAAUGAAUCACAACCUUGUAAGUUUCGUAACCAUGACCACAAGUUUGAGUGGACGAGAGCGCAGUUCAAUUGCUGGGCAACUGAAUUGGCCACGAGGCACAACUACAGUGUUGAGUUCAGUGGGGUUGGUGGAUCUGGUGAUGAACCAGGUUUUGCUUCCCAGAUUGCUGUCUUCAGACGGAGAGCCAUACCUCAGGAAGGUUAUCCUGAAGAACUCUCGGAUUCGGAACAUCGUUACCAAGUCAUAUGGGAAUGGACUAGUAGCGAUAGGUCAAGAUGUUAUGAAAUCCUACGUAAAUGGUUUUCCUGUUUCGGAUAGGAGAAGUCAUUAAGUUGUCAUGUGCUUGGUACGCGUAUAGGUUAAUUAGUCGUUAAUUGAGUCAGUUAGGGUUAAGCUGCUAAUUAGCCUUUCAAUUAGUUGUAACCAAUACAUGGGGGACACGUGUCCGUGGUAGGUAGCUCAUCUUGGGCUAUAUAAACCAGACCUUUGUAUUUCUUAUCUCAUCGAUCAAUAUCAAUAUAUCUGAAUUUCCUUUGCUUC